AUGUCUUCAUCCACUAUCACCCACCCAGCCGAGAAAACAUUCACUUCUUAUGGACAGAAACAAGGCAAUGAUUAUGCCCAAGCCCGCCCUGAUUACCAUCCAAUUAUCUAUGAGACCAUUCUUCAUCAUCAUAGAGACAGUGGUGGUCUGCUUGAUACUAUUAUUGACAUUGGUUGUGGACCAGGGAAUGUCGCCCGAAGAUUCAGCCCACACUUCAAUCACGCCAUCGGCCUAGAUCCUUCAGAGGGUAUGAUAGCCGCUGCUCUUUCACUAGGUGGUAGAACCUCCAUCUCCGAAAAUAUUCGAUAUGAGGUCUCUACGGCCGAAGAUCUCGGGAGAAACCUUCAACAGCCUAUCCAGGAUGCCAGCGUGGACCUCAUCACCGCUGCAAACGCUGCCCACUGGUUUGACAUGGCUCGAUUUUGGCAUAGUGCUGCUCGAGUACUAAAGCCUGGGGGCAGUGUCGCGCUGUGGGCAGGUGGCAGGAGUCGUAUUCAUCCAUCAGUCCCAGGUGCCGAUUCUCUGCAGAACACUUUGGAUGAAAUUGAAGAGAAGCAUUUGAGACCUUUCUUCGAACCAGGCAAUUUACUUACUCGGUCUCGGUAUAUCGACCUGCCACUUCCAUGGACAUUGGAAAAGCCAGUCCCUGAAUUUGAUGAGAGCACUUUUCUUCGCAAGGACUGGGAUGUGGCAGAGAGCUUUUAUUCUUUUCAGCAAGAAUUGGAUAUGGACACGUGUGAGAAAAUAUGGGAGACUGCGAGUCCAGUGACUCGCUGGCGACAGGCCCACCCUGCUGCUGUUGGUACUGAAAAGGAUGUGGUGAAGAUGUUCCGAAGGGCCAUCGAGAACCAUUUGAACAAGCAGGGUGUGGAAAAGGGCAAGGAGACCAUAAAGGGAACCAUUGAUGGAGUGGUACUGGUUGUCAAAAAGAAGGCGUAUUGA